AUGGAUCUCGAAAAAAUAUCCCAGGAGACGGUCGAGGAUGUCAAGUCCGCAGAUUCCGUGCCAGAUAUAGAUGCAGCGGCAGAAAAACGACUCCUACUGAAACUCGACCUCCAUGUCGUUCCUAUUCUCAUGUUUUUAUUCCUACUUGCCUUCCUUGACCGUAUCAAUAUCGGUAACGCGCGAAUUCAGGGUCUCGAAAAGGAUUUGGGAAUGAAGGGACAUGAUUACAACAUCGCCCUGUUUAUCUUCUUUAUCCCCUAUAUCCUUUUCGAGGUUCCUAGUAAUCUUUUUUUGAAAAGGGUAUCGCCAUCAUGGUGGUUGAGCGGAAUCAUGUUUUGUUGGGGUGUUGUCACAACGUGCCAAGGUGUCGUAAAGGGCUUUGGUGGCCUCGUUGCAUGCCGAUUCUUGCUGGGUUUGUUUGAGGCUGGGUUGAUGCCAGGCUGCAUCUAUUUGAUUGCUAUGUACUAUAAGCGCCACGAGUUGCAAUGGCGAUUCAAUAUUUUCUUCAGCGCUAGCAUUCUAGCUGGUGCAGUCAGUGGACUUCUUGCCUAUGCAAUAGCCAAGAUGGAUGGCAUCGGAGGAUACAGCGGCUGGCGCUGGAUCUUUAUCAUCGAAGGUCUACUUACAGUAUGCACUGGGAUUGCUGCCAAAUUCCUCGUCGUCGAUUGGCCCGAAACGUCUACUUUCCUAAAUGAAGAGGAGCGUGCUUUGCUGCUUCGGCGUCUAUCGGAAGACCGCGGCGAAGCCCAAAUGAAUCGCUUUGACAAGCCGGCAAUCAAGCGCACAUUCUCAGAUGUCAAGAUCUAUCUUGGUGCUAUUAUGUACUUUGGAAUUGUCAAUACGGGCUAUGCAACAUCAUUCUUCACCCCUACCAUCCUCCGACAGCUCGGCUGGACAUCUGUCCGAGCUCAAGUAAUGAGUAUCCCCAUCUACAUGGUCGCGACAGUGAUCGCACUAGCUACAGCCUUCAUUAGCGACCGACUCCGCCAUCGAUUCACCUUCACAUUGCUGGGAUGUGUCAUCGCCACCAUUGGGUAUGUUAUUCUCAUCUAUCAGGAGUCGGUGCCAGUUGCUGCCCGAUACUUCGCCCUAUUCGCAAUCACGGGUGGAGGAUAUAUGACGCAGCCAAUCUUGUUGGGCUGGGUGAGUAACAACAUGGCUGGACAUUACAAGCAAUCUAUCGCCUCAGCCAUGCAGAUCGGCUUUGGUAACUGCGGCGGUCUGGUCGCUAGCAAUGUUUUCUUUGACUCAGAAGCUCCAACCUACAGAACCGGGUUUGGUACCAGUCUAGGGAUGAUAUGGAUCGGUGGUAUGGCAUGUAUUGUCUUCUUUGGUUAUGUAUACCGUGAAAAUCGGCUGCGUGAGCAGGGUAAGAGGGACCAUCGGUACCAUUGGCCCAGGGAGGAGCUGGAGAAUGCUGGGGAUGAUCAUCCCAGUUUCCGGUUUACUUAUUGA